AUGCAGCCCCCCAUCCUCGCCGCCGCCCUCUUCGCCGCCGCCGCCUCGGCCAAGUCAUCCUCCAACUCCGACUCCGACAACCUCAGCGCAAUCAUCCAGGACUGGCCCGAGUGCUCGCUGGCCUGCUACGCGCAGACGGCGCAGGACGAGGGCUGCGCCGCCUCGGACUUCAACUGCGUCUGCAACAACACCAUCUCGAUCGCCGCCAAGAUCGGGCUCUGCAUUCCCAGCGACUGCGACGGCGGCGCCGCCGGGAAGUCGUUCGGAGAGCUGUGUGCGCGAUGGGGGGACGAUCCGCAGUCGACUGAGGUCGCAUCGGCCACGGCACUGCUCGCUUCCGAGAUUCCUGCCACCGCAACCGCCAGCGCCAGCGCAACAGCCAGUCCUUCUGGGGCAGCUGGAAGACCGGAGAUGGGCAUGGGAGUGAUGGGAGUUGCCGCUGCGGCAGCUUUCUUGAUCUGA